AUGGGCAGUGCUGAAGGGCCUGCGCCAAGCUGCGUCCGGCGUCCCCGGAAAAAGCGUGCCCCUGAUGUCGACGAGGUGACGUUCGAACGUGGUGUUGUGGUCGGUCUCCCCACGUUGGCGAUCAGCCCGGAGCCGGAUUUGGAAUCGGACAGCGACAGCAGUGUGUACAGCGAAUGUUCCGAUGAACUAGAAGCCGUGCUAGCAGACGGGCCUCCGAUCGGCGACAACUUCCUGAUCGCCCAGAUCCUCCUCAAACAUGGCCUGAACUUUGAUGGGCUCCCGCUGCGAACCGACCAGAUCUUCGGCAAUCUGCUGAGGGCCUCCUCAUACAGCCCAUUCCUCAUCGGCGAGAAGAAGCAGUAUGGCGAGCUGGAGCACACCGUGCUGUGGGAUUAUUUUGGCGGAACGUCUUGUCUCGAUCUCAACGUGUCGGCGCUGGAUACGGUGAUGGUGGUGGCUGAGGAAUUCCAAGUCUGUGCCCUCGGCGCGUUGCCGCCAGACGAAACUCUACACUAUCUGCGCUUGCCCGAGAAAUGGGCGUUGGGACGUUGGAUUCCUGCUGAAUCCGUGCGUCGUCUCGAGCCGCAAUUCGGGCUCAUCCCCGAAAAGUAUCUGGUUUCGACAAAGUUUUAUAAAGAUCAUCCUGGCCUCUUCAUCAACCCGAUGUGGUACAUUGGAAUCACCACCCACCAGGUGGCCUUCAACUAUUUGACGUCGGAUCGCGGUGCACUGAGGCCUGGUUCCUUUUGCAUCUUCUCACCUCGUGGAAUAAUGCCGGACCCGCGCGAUUUUCGCCCAUAUGUAAUGCUGGUCGUCGAAGAAAGUGAUUCCACCCGGCUCAAGCUGAUGUACGAGGCGACGUCGAAAUACGUGCAAGAAGAUAUCUUCCUGAGCCAUGGCUUGAGGGACAAGUUGUUUGAAAAGGCUCUACAGCUGCGUCAGCAGGCAUCCACCACGCCCCACGAACAUAUGCGCCAAAUCUACGAAAAGGCGAAAGAUCCGACCGCCGAUGACGGGAUGAUUCCCGAGAACCCUGAUUGGGAUCUGUCGGACGAUCACCCGCCGACCGCGCAGGAAUUCCCGCUGAUGGAGCCGUUCACCGUUCAGGCAUACACAAUCACGCGCUCGGCCAUCGGCAACUAUCAGCUCUUCAACAACACGUACUCGACGCUGUACGACCUCGUCUAUCACUUGUCGAACCACGACAGCCCGCUGCCCUUCCGCUUGAUCUACGGGGCCAUCACCGAGCAUCAAAAUCGUAAUUUUCCGGUCACCGAGCCCCUCGAACAGUCUUCCACCGUCGUCUUUUCCACCAGCAACCCAGUAUGCCUCGCAAAGUCUCGCAAAACGGCCAUCCAAUUGCUCGGCGAACGCGAAGCUGUACUGAAAGAACAAAAUGCCGUCCUCGAAAAGCUGAAGGCCAAACAACCGUCCAGCGAACCCGGAUCCAUCUUUGAUUGCAACGUCUUCAUCAAGGGCAAACACAAGAUGGAUCGGCGACGCUUUCUGUACGACCGAAAUUCAUCCGACUCCGAGCUCGGCGCGGGCGCUUUUGGAUCUGUAUACGCGGGCAAAUUUCUGCUGAACGAGGCCGACAUCGACAAGCCGGACGAUCAGCAGAAAUGGGUCGAAGCCGCCUUCAAGCCGCUUCCUGCCGUGCUUUCCAAGGAGAUGGAACGCCCGCAGUGGGUCAACGAGAUUGAAGUUUUGGCGAAUCUCAACCAUCCGAACGUCGUCCGGCUGCUCGGCUAUGCGAUCACCGACAGCGAAGUCGAGCUGGCAUUCGAAAAAAUGACCGGCAAUGCCGAGAAGCUGGUGCAGAUUCUGAUGGGAAAGGACGGGAAUGGACGUCUGAGCUGCAACGAACAGACCGACUUUUUGCAGCAGAUCGCCCGUGGCAUGUCGUACCUGCACUCGUUGACCCCGGCGAUCGUCCACGGCGACUUGGCGCUGCGCAACGUCCUCUACGCGCCACACCCGACCGACCCGGGGCGUUAUCGCCUAAAAAUCACCGACUUUGGCCUGUCGAAAAUCACCUGCCACGACUACGCGACGAGGUACCAGAAUCCGGAUAAAAUCCCGUUCAAAUACUGCGCCCCCGAAGCUUGGCAGACCAGAGAGCUGAGCGUCAAGUCUGACGUCUGGAUGUUCGGGAUCACGGCCAACGAACUUUACGGCGCAUGCGUACCCUAUGGCUUCUCCCUAAACGAUUUGACGAUAUUGCCAAGACUUCAAGAAGGCUACCGACAUUGCAAGCCGGACGGGAUGCCGUACUUCAUCUACGAAAUCGUGCUCAAGUGUUUCCGGAAGCGCCAAGUGGACCGCCCCACGUUCUGUGAAAUUGUCGAGAUGCUCGAGCCGCACUACCUCGACUGGGAAACGACCCACGUGGAGACGCUGCUGAGACGAGAGCGUCCGAAGGCUACUCGAAAA